AAUGCUGUGUAAUAUUCAGGAGCAAUACCGAAGUCGAAUGCGUUGAGCAUUGAGCAACGUUUCCACGAGAUAUCUUGAACACCGUUUCUGCGAACAAGGAUUAACAAACUAAGGGAGGUAACUUGCAACAAAGAUAAAAGAUUCAGAUGACAAUCAAAGUUGACAAGCCAGGUCCCAAUAGAAAUGCAAAUUGAAGUGUUGCGGAUAAAAUGAGUCGCUGGAAGGGUUAGGACCGUCUCUAUCACGCUGCAGCUGGAAGACGGAGGCAAACGCUGAACCUCAAAAAUGUCUUGGUUAUAUCUUGGUUAUAUUAUUGCAUUUCUCCUGUUUUCAAUGGAACUUCAACCUUUUAGCGCAGUAGAUUACAAGCUGGAUGGAGAUUCUUAUAUAACCUAUAUUCCUGCUGCAGAAUUUCCAAAAACUACCUCGACAAUUCAUAUGCUUUUUCGAACUGCUGAGAGCUUUGGAGUCUUGCUUCACGCACGAGGAACAAACGAUGAUUUUAUUACGCUGGAGAUUGUGAGAGGAAAAUUGAGAUAUGUAUCCGUGUUUGGUCGAGGUAGCACAAGGCCUGGAACCUAUGAUUACGUCAUUGGAGAUGAUCUUGGCGAUAAUGAGUGGCAUCAACUGGACAUUGAACGCAAUAAAAAUCUUGUUGUAAUAAAACUUGACAUUACAAGACAGCGUUUGAUUAGUGGAACGUCACAAAUACAUCAGAAUACCGACGAUUAUAUUACAGUGGCAGGAUUACCCGCAUCUAUCAAGGAUAGUCCCUCAAUUACACCUACAAAUACCUCAACAUCCUUAAAUACUCCUAAAGGCCUCACAGUACCGCCGGUAUCCCUUACUAGAACUUUGUUCAAAGGAUGUAUGGCGGACGUCACUUUCAAUAAAGUUAAUAUAUUUGAAGCCACCAAAAAAAAAGCAAAAGAAGUACAAGUCUUUGGUAACCUGUGGCCAAAAUGUGCUCCUGAUGCAGAGAAUUACUAUCCACCAGCCACCUUUACUAAAUCCACUUCGUUCAUAAAACUAGAUACGUUGAAUGGACAGCAUUUUGAUUUGGGUUUAAAAUUUCGGACUUUUGACCAUACUGGAGUGUUGAUACACUACAGAUUUGGUUUGAACUCUGAAGGAAAUUUACUUGUUGAGUUAUUGAAGGGGGAAAUAACGUUUAGUUAUGCUUUCGAAAACGUGAAGAUAAAAACAAUUCUCUCUCCUAAACUAAGCACAUAUGCCAGUGGUGUCUGGCACAAGGUAAAGGUGAAUUUCACAUCAAAUAAGGUGGAUAUUAAUAUCAAUAAUGCUACAACUCAGACGUUACUGGACGUCUCGAGAACGACAAAUAUCACACAAAAUGCUGAACUAGAGAUUGGAACGAGUUCAAAGGACAAGCCUUCCUUACAAGGUUGUGUCAAAGAAAUACAAGUGAAUGGGAAACAUAUUACUGUUCUUAAAAGCAAUACGAGUAAGGAUGUUGUUCUUGAUCAAUGCUACCUAAAAGAUCUUUGUUUCAAAAGUCCGUGUCUCCACCAGGGUGUUUGCAAACAGCACAACUACAAGGUACAGUGUGAUUGUACCAACACUAGUUACUCUGGUUCACGUUGUGAGAAUAUCUCAGCUUUACAUCAACCCAACGCCACCUCAACAAGAAAGCCAUCUAUUACCAUGUCCAGUGGCAAGUUACAAACACAUAAUUCCAGCCAAACAACUGUCAAAACCAUCCGACCAUCCACAACCAGUACUGACAAGUCAUCGCUUCUCUUCUCCACGCAAAGUACAAACGUUAAAUCUACCAGAAACUUGAAGCAAACCUCAACUGUGAGAACAGUUCAUACCACAAUGAGGACGAAACGCAAGCAAUUAAUCACAACAGAUCAUCUGGCGAGCAAGCAAGUAACUACGGGUGAAUCAAAGCAUUUCAUGUCAUCAACGAGUUCACCAGAGCAAGUUGUUACAAGAACAAGCAAGAAACCUUCAGGGAAACCAGACCAACCAAUCUUAACGGACAGCCGAAUCUCUACUACAAAACCAAAGCAAUUCACCACAACAAGAAUAGUUACAAUAACCACCAGUGAAACCCAAGACGCCUCGAGCCCAAAAUUAACAAAAACCUCGCGUCCACAGUUAACUACCCCACAACACAACCUACCCACUCGACCCUCAGCGUUACCCACACAUCUAGCCACCCCAGGGUUUACCCAACCCACCAGACAAAAACCCACCCAAAAGAGAAACACACAAAUUAUCAUCAUCGAGAAGUCGAAUACGAUCACGAACUAUGGUAUUAACAAGAACCAGAUUUUGGUGUAUCUAUUUUUGUUGAUAAUUUUCCUAUUGUUCAUUGGACUUAUUGUGAUAAUUAGCGUGAAGAUGAGUUAUUUACAGGCCUGUUCUUGCCUAAGACGAUUUCAAACAGUUAAUGGUUCCAUACCAAGACAGGAUUCAAUUGAAUUGGGCCCGCAAGGUAGAAAAGAGUCGGGAACUGCGGUUAGAGUGAAAACCGAAAGGCCGUCUUCUUUCAAUGAUUCUGGUAUUGAUCGUAGCGAGUCGGGAACGAACAGCCACCGAAGCUCAGCGGAAGUUCAAGACGAAAUACCCGACAGCGGAGAUCUGGCAACCAGUUUAGAAAACCGCGGAGAGCUGAGUCCUAGUUCAGAUGACUCGAAUGAAGGAUUCCUGAUUUUGCAAGAGGAUCCGACACUUUACACACAGAGAAGCUUUGGUUGGACUGUUUUGAACGGCACGAACACAAUCAGACAUUGCAGGACUUCUACCAGUGAUCUGAUACACGCCUCCAAUGAAAAUAAGCCGCGAGCAUUCAGACCAGCGUACUACCCAAACUCGGAGAUUUCCGAUGUCGUUCGAGUGGAAGGUGACGUGAAAAGUGAUAAAAUGAAAUAUCGUAAUCCAACGACGAAGUACCGACAGUUGACGACAAGCGACACCUCUAGUUCAGAUGAUAUGCCCCCCAGCCCUGGUUUCGAAGCCAAUUCUGAGUGUCAAGUGUUUUAAAAUUUGGCAAGAAAUUCUGAAAUCUAAUUCACCACAACGUUGGGUUGUCAAACAUGGACAAACAAUUCACCAUCGUAUUUCACAAACUCAGAGAUAUCCUUUGUGUUGAAGAGGGGCCGUAGAGACGGUUAGGUCUGAGACCUAAUGUAGACACUCAUUGAGAGCAAAAAUCCAAGAAUCUUAAAUUAUGGAAAAUAGCAUGUUCAUUAGAUUAAAAUAUCUAUCCAGAAGAACAAAUUAUGUAGUCACGUUAUAUAUGGCAUUUGUAGAGAGACUUUUUACAUAUUUUAUGGCAAUUUUGUACAUAACCUAAACAGCA